UGCCAAAACAUUUCUUCUAGAACUCUCCAGAAAGCAGUUCUAGAAGUUAAGAAACGUAUAUACUUCCGCUUUAUAUUGCCAUGCGAUUAAAAGUUGGAAUAUUCCUGAUAAUUUGCAGAGUUUAGAAGACCAAAGGCUGAAAGCAAGAAGUCUCAGUUGAUGGCAAUCUCUAGCGUCUGGUUAUUGAAGUGUACACUGAUAGUAUUUAUUGUGCAAUCUCUCAAGAUAAGAAUAUGACGUCACCGUUUGACAUGACUGGUGGAAUAAUAUUAUGUCUAACCUCGUUCUUCGAGUUCCUUGUUUGUUACAAAUGGCACUGAAAAGCAUUAUUCGUGUACCAAUGGUAAAAGAUUUAUUUUGUCUUAAAUAUUGGAUAUCAGAAGCCCAUCUUUUCCAAAUGGGAGAUUCAACAGUAUUAAAAGAGGAAGGCAAUAAGUAUUUUAAGGCUGGUGACUAUGACAAAGCCUUAGCCUGCUAUACACAAGCCUUAGACUUAUCUAAUAUUAAAGACACAGAAAAGAAUGUCAUCUAUAAAAACAGAGCUGCUGUACAUCUCAAGAAGGGAGGUUUUGAAUUGGCUGUGGAAGAUGCUACCAAAGCUCUAGAAUUUGCACCAAAUGACCCGAAAGCUUUGUUCAGACGAUGUCAGGCUUAUGAAGGUUUAGAUAAAGUGGAUGAAGCAUUCAGAGAUGCAGCCCUCUUGAUGAAAAUUGACCCGUCUAAUAAAGCAAUUACGCCAAUAUUUAAAAGACUAAAUCCUAUUGUUCAACAAAAAGUCAAAGAACAGAAUAGUAUGACUAAUAAAGUAUCUCAAAUGUUUAAUCUGGCUUUUGAUAAUAAAUGUGAAGAUCCUGAUAAAAGAAAACAGGCUAUUAAUAAUCUGAUAGUAUUAGCAAGAGAAGGUGCAUCGGCUACAAUGAUAUGUAAAUAUAACGGUUUAGAAAGAAUUAAAACAUCUUUAUUAGAAGAAAGAGAUUUGUCUCUUGUUGUAGGAGGAAUACGUAUUCUUGCGUGUCUUAGUAAAGAAAGCAAGGAAAGGUCUAGGGAGAUAAUUGAGAAGAUUGGAGUCAAUAAGAUUAUGACACUGAUGGCCAUGGAUAGCUCCGAAUUGGCCAGUUCUUGUUGUACAUUACUACAGAAUCUGAUGGUGUAUGGGUCAGAGUUUGAUCUUUUCACCACAAAACUUGAGAAAUAUAAAGAAGAUAAAAAGAAAGGAGAAAGAGUUGGACCAUAUCCAUAUUUCAUACCAGAUGAAUAUAGUCAGGAAUAUAUAGAUCAGAUAUUUUAUCAGUUGGUCAAGAUGUUGGUUAAUAAGAAAGUAUCAGCACAUGGUCGAGACUCCGCUAUGGAGAUAAUGAUCAAACAUAUUGAUAGACUGAAUGGUAUUGGUUGGAUGAAAAAAUUCUUAUUUACAGAAGGUAUUGAGGGGUUAUUAACAGUAGCAGGUACUUUAAAAGUACAUAAUACAAUACCUGUAACAGAACACAGUAGAAUGCAUGCUUCAGUUUGUCUAUCUAAAGUCUGGGAUGAUACCAUGAGUGAUAAAGAAAGAGAAAUAUUUAAAGAAAAAUGUAGUGAAUAUUUCAAAGAUUUAUUUACUGAUGAAAUAUUAGAAUCUAAAGUAGAGGCUAUAGAAGCCAUUUCAACCUUACUUCAGGGUCCGUAUGAAGUAGGUAAUAUGAUAUUAGGAACAGAAGGUGUGGUACAACUUAUGUUUGCUCUGGCUAAUAGUGAAACUGCUUUACAUCAGAGGAUUGCUGUAGAAGCUAUUGUACAUUCAGCAUCAAAGAAGAAUCGUUGUACAGGUAUAUUAAAGGAAGCUGUACCUGUAUUAAAGAAACUAUAUCAACAUGGGGAAGAUGAAACUAGAGUCAGAGCUUUAGUGGGUUUAUGUAAACUAGGAAGUUUUGGGGGUACUGAUGCCAGUGCUAAACCUAUGGCAGACGGUUCUACACUUACAUUGGCUAAAGUUUGCAGAAACUUUUUAAAGAAUGCUGCAGAUGAUAUGCGCAAAUGGGCAGCAGAAGGAAUGGCAUAUUUAUCUCUUGAUGCCGAAGUAAAGGAAGAAUUAAUAGAAGAUACACCAGCAAUAGAGGCAUUGUUUGAUUUGGCUAAGCGUAUUGAUAAAAACAGUGUAUAUGCUUCUGUAACCAUUUUAGUUAAUUUAACUAAUAGUUAUGAUAAACAAGAUGUGAUGCCAGAAUUAAUAGAAAUGGCUAAAUUUGCUAAACAACAUGUACCAGAGGAUCAUCCUAAGGAUGCCCAGAAAUAUUUAUCGGCUAGAAUACACAAGCUAGCUGAAUGUGGUCUAGUUAAUGCUCUAGUAGCUUUAGCUAAAACAGACAGUAAAAAUAGUCGAGAACUAUUGUGUAGAGUUUACAUGGCUUUAGCUACAGAAGAAAAAUUACGAGGAUUAAUUGUUCAACAAGGUGGUGCUAAGAGUUUAUUACAGUUAGCAUUAGAAAAUAAUACUGAUGUCGGUAAAGUUCUAGCUGCCCACGCUUUGGCUAAAGUAGCGGUAACCAUGGAUCCACAGGUUGCCUUUCCAGGACAACGAAUGUAUGAAGUAGUACGACCAAUGAUACAUUUAUUACAUGUUGAAAGAUCAAGUUUACAGAAUUUUGAAGCACUUUUAGCUUUAACAAAUCUGGCUUCUGUUUCUGAUUCAGUCAGGAAUCGUAUUGUAACAGAAGAUGGUAUUGUAGCAAUAGAACAGUACAUGUUUGAAGAUCACGAAAAGUUAAAAGUAGCUGCAACAGAAUGUAUGUGUAAUAUGGUCAUGAAUGAAAAGGUUGUAAAAUUGUAUGAGAAAGAAAAUGAUAAAGUAAAACUGAUGUUAUUAUAUUGUGGUGAAGAAGAUAUCAAUCUGGUUAAAGCAGCAGCAGGAGCAGUAGCCAUUUUGUCCCCGAGUGAAAUUGUCUGUAAAAAGAUAGUUGAGGUUGCGCCAUGGAAUGAAAUUUUACAAACUCUAGUUGCCAAUGAAAUGGCCGAAUUACAGCACCGUGGUUGUUACAUAGUGUAUAAUAUGAUGUGUGCAAACAAAGAAAUAGCAGAGAAAAUUGUUGAGAGUCCGCUGUUUGAGAUUUUAAUGGCUGUAACAAAGAUAGAUUUACCAGAUAGAAAGAAAGCGAAGGAGUGUUGCGAGGAGGCUUUAAAUAAAGCUGUUGAAUAUGGACUUGUUAAACCUCGGGAAGAAGACUGAAACAAUUAUGUAAUAAAGACAAUAAUUCAACAGAUCUUAUCACAAAGUAUGAGAAUACUAUCAAGUGUCUUACAGUAGUUAUCAUUGAUUAUCAAAGUAUUUGUUUUGUAUAGUUAAAUUGUGAAAAGUAGUUUCCUAUGCAACAAAGAAUUGAAUCUAAAUUAGAUUUCCCCCCCCCCCCCAUGACAUUUGAAUAGACAUCAGUAAAUAAUAUAGCAUUAUCACUAUUGGGUCUUUAUCAUAUCUUUUACAUAAUACUUUAUAUUUAUGUAUAAUGACAUAGAUUUAACGGUUAUGAAUCAAAUAAUAUCAAUCUAAGUAUGAUCACAUUAUAAAUGUGCAAUAUUAUGUAUUUAACAAUAAUCCAUAUUUGUUCUAUUGUUUUUUUUAUGUUUUUGAUAUUGCUGAAUAUAUACAACAGAUUUAAAUUUAAAAGUAGGUAUUGUUAUUUAAAUCAGAUAAAAACAAGUUCUCUUUAAAUUUUUACACUGAACAGGAUUAUUAUUUUGAAAUACAAUGAUAUAUUUAUUGAUGUUGUUGUGUUAGAAUGCCAAGUACGAGCAGGACAACUGUAGCACGGGCGGAUACAACUACUGGCUACGUCAGAUGAUGUUAAGGACAAUUGCUGCCUAUUUAUGACUAAUGAGUUGGGAGGUAAUAUUGAAAUUUUACACAAUGUUUUUCAAAUAUUCAUUUCCUGGAAAAUACAAGACAUACUUCUACAAAUACGACAGCAAUUGUUACAAACGGCAAUAAAUCAUGUCUUAAUUAUUACUAACUGGUACUACUACUUAAUUUUUUUAUACCAUUAGUUUUUUGUAAAACAUCUAUAACUUUGUCAACUACCAUAUCUUUCAUAUAAUGUAAAUACUGUGUGUGUUUGUUGCAUGAAUGAUUGUAGAAAUAUAUUUAUAAGAGAUGAUUUUGAUAUAAUAUAAAUACAGUGUUUGUUUGCAUGAAUGUUAUUAAAAAUAUAUAUUUAUGAGAAUGAAAUGGGAUUUUACGUGGGCUGAUGAAGAAGGGCAUGCAGUGUGCUUGCUACGAGGUAAAGUUUGCAUAGACAGCAGCUUUUUUACCUUCUCUUCAAAUUCCAACUGUCAAGGAGUUUUAUGUGCAUGGCAGUGUAUACAUGGGGCCUCGGUUUUUCAUCACAGCUAAAUGAUUAGACACUCUUCCAAGCCAGGCCCUUUAUGCUGCACCACCGACAAGGGGAAACCAUGCUGAAAAAUGCAGACAAACGUUUUAGGCCAACACCAGGGCCUUUCUCACUGAUCUAAUUUUCUUGUAGCAUACACCCAAUCAUGACUCCCACUAGAAUGUUUGGGGAAUAUUCCCUUCUUCAGCUGCUUCCCUUAGUGUUAGUUUGAUUUUCACAUUGAGUGAAGUCUACAUCACUACUACAGGUCCGGGACUGUACAGCCCAAUGGACGCUCACAGCUAGCCCCUGGAUCCAUUCCCUUGAUCUGGUGGGUGUGUUUGUGGUGUCUGUAUAUUGUGUCCUGUUUGUAGGUUUUUCUUUCUUAUGUAUUUGUUUGUGUUUGGUGCAGUCCCCCUGCACUUACUAUAUAGAGAUCAUUCAUUAAUCAAUACAUUUAUUGAAUACUAAUUGUAUCAUUGAAAGAAUGUAAUCAAGAAUGGCUCAAUAAUUGGAAGGAAUAUUUAAAAAUACUGCCAAAAUGUAUGCUUGUUAUUAAAUUAAAAUUGAUUAUGUUGUGUAUCAACGAAAGAAUGUAAUCAAGAAUGGUUCAAUUAUGUUUGAAAGAAGAUUUGAACAAAAAUAUUUAACAUUCAUCUUGUAUAUUUAUCUUACAAUAUCAUUUAUUAUCUCAUAACCCAGCUUUCUGUGUGGUCUGUACAUUUAUGCAUAUAAUUUAUUUUAUUAAAUGAGUGAUUAACAUACAAGCUUUAGAUUUUUUU